AUGGUCAAGUUCGACAGGUCCAGCCGACGCUUGUCGACGUCGCCACUACAGGCACUCCUAUACCUCGUAUCCAAGGUCUCGCGGCACCCCAUUGAGGUGAUCGUGUCGGUCUUUGUGCUGGUGACCCUCGCCUACUUUGUGCUUUUGCGUGCUAUUGCGAACUCAACACUGUUCUCCAGUCUGAGCGAUGUGGCCUCGCUCUCUGUCAUUUCUACACACGUAGGACACUCGUCUCUGCCGAUAUUCGAGUACUCGCCUGAGCACGUAUGGCGCUCGCUUCGAGACUCGAUCGAAUCACCGGAUCAAGUGCCCGACAUGGGCUUUGCUGACUGGCUCAUCGUAGUGGACGAGCAUAAUGGCCCCGCGACUCUGCAGCAAGAACGCAGAGAAUCUCUGCUCCCUGCCAUCACCAAGGCACUGCAGGCCGAGUCUCACGGCCGAUGUGCGUGGCCUGUCACUCGCUUUACCGAUGCGAACGACACGGUGGGCGAUGUAGUCGUGUGCUUCGAGCCAAAAUCAUACGACGCAUCCAACACUCGCCAUAUUCUCAGCCCUAAAACAUUGCAGCGUGUGCUGGCGCACGCAAUGCAGACACUUCCUGCCAACACCGACUCGGAUCUCGUGGAACGAUGGAAGCGUGGUGACAUUUUGUUGCAGUCUCUCACACCCACAAGUCAUGGGCCCAAGGCGCUUGCUGGUGAGGGCAUAUCAUUUCAAUGGAUUGCAUCGUUUGUGAUCAGCGCUCUUCGACGAGCUUGGACCUUAGUCCACAGGUCUGAUACCAUCGACUUUACCGUUUUGCUUGCCGCCUACAUCAUGAUGCAUGGCUCUCUUGUGCACCUAUACGUGUCUAUGCGCCACUUUCCCCGCCGCUUUUGGCUCGGCACGUGCAUCCUAUUGUCUUCGUGCUUUGCGUGCCUAGUUGCCCUUGUGACGGCCGAUGCACUUCAGCUACCUAUCAACCCUAUUGUUUUGUCAGAAGGUCUGCCAUUCCUGGUCAUCACCAUUGGCUUCGAGAAGCCUUACUUACUGACCAAGGCAUUUUUCGCGCAUGCUACGCCCACAUUGCGCCCUGAUCAGGAUACAUCGACCUUAAAAGGCUCACCUGAAGACGAUUUUGUUCGUGCACUCACUCAACGCGUACAUGAAGAGCAAGAACUUGGCGUUCUCACUGCGCCAUUCGCACCAGUGCAUGAUGUAGCCAUCCGUGCUGUUGCACAGGCAGGUCCGGGGAUUUUGCGUGCGUAUGCCGUGGAAAUUUGCAUUUUGAUGCUUGGUGCUUUCAACGGUAUGCAUGGUCUUCGAGAGUUUUGCAGUUUGUCUAUUCUCAUCCUGUUUUUCGACGGAUGCUUGCUUUUCACAUUCUUUUUAGCGGUCUUGUGCGUAACGUUGGAAGUCCAGCGGAUCCGCGAACCGAAUUCAGCGCGCAAGUGUCUCUUGCCGGAAAAUGACAAAGAAACACCUCCCUCGGAAGCCCCUGCAGAGCCACAGCAUCUCGACUCAUCGAAGCGCAAACGCGCUACGACGUCCUUGUUCCGGCGCGUUUUUGGCUCGCUCGAUCACCCGCUUUCGCGUCUAAAGCUCCUGUUACUCUUGACACUUGUUGCUUUGCACUCGCUCAACCUACUCUCAACGCUCUCGUUACCUACCACGAUCGCUCGACAUCAAAGUACGCGACCAUUGACAUUGUACGAUGACGUCGUCUCGUCUUUUGAUAUGUUUAAUGCAACAUCAUCUCACCCUGCUGUAUCAGCUUUCUUUGAUGCAUACACUCCGCCAAAGACGAAUGCCGUGGCUUUCAUGCCUCCGAACAUUAUCGUGCUAGCGGAUAAGGCCCUCGCAACACCGCAUUCGAUGACGGCAUCCAUGAUGACACACAAAAUGCCCCGAAACUCAGCUCUUGACAGCGUUAUGACGACUUGGACGACGGUGUCCAGUGACCCGGUCAUUGGUAAGCUGCUCUCCGUGGCAUUGAUCAUCAGUUUGUUUUUGAAUACAUUCCUGCUGAAAGGUAUUGCUACGCGCAACCCAGCUGUGAUCGAAGGUAAUGCUGUGUAUGUGACAGCUCAGGCUGCUGCUCGACUGAUCGGUGCACACUUUGUUGAAGACUGGAAAAAGAAGCCGAAAGACGAGGACAAAUCUUCCACUCCGCGCGUCAGCUUUGGGCCACCUGAGUCGCGCGCGCCGCCGCCACCCCCCAGUGAUCCACCGCGUCCAUUUGAACAGGUGCAUGAGGUAUUUAAGAGUGACGGACCAGGUGCGUUGAAUAAUGAAGAAGUAGUACUCCUGGUUCAAAGGGGAGUAAUCGCACCCUACGCUCUUGAAAAAGUGCUUCAAGAUCUCGAACGUGCUGUUGUAAUUCGCCGUGCUGUCUUAUCUCGCGCAUCUGAAAUGCAUACACUCGAACACAGUCUCCUGCCUUAUAAGGACUUCGACUAUGCCUCUGUAUUUGGCGCAUGCUGUGAGAAUGUGGUGGGUUACAUGCCACUCCCAUUAGGUAUUGCUGGUCCCCUUAUUAUCGAUGGUCUAAUGACGCCUAUACCCAUGGCUACCACGGAAGGUACUCUUGUUGCGUCCACUAGUCGUGGAUGCAAGGUUCUGAAUGCAAACGGCGGUGUGACGACUGUACUCACCCAGGAUGCCAUGACGCGCGGCCCUGUGAUCGAAUUCCCGUCCCUCACAAGUGCAGCACGGGCUAAACGCUGGAUUGAUUCUGCACAUGGCGCAAGCUCAAUCAAGUCUGCAUUCGACAGCACAUCCCGCUUUGCUCGUCUAGCAUCGCUGCACACUGUUUUGGCGGGUCGGACGCUCUUUGUACGCUUUGCUACCUCCACAGGCGACGCAAUGGGAAUGAAUAUGAUUUCCAAAGGUGUGGAAGCUGCCCUGGGCAUGAUGAAAGAAAAGCAUUUCCCAGAAAUGGAACUACUGUCUUUAUCAGGAAACUACUGUAUCGACAAAAAGCCAGCUGCCAUCAAUUGGAUCGAGGGCCGUGGUAAAAGCGUUGUGGCUGAGGCGGUGAUUCGUGGAGACAGUGUGCGCAAGAUCCUAAAAUGCACGGUAGAGGACCUGGUGAAUCUCAACAUAAAAAAGAACCUGGUUGGAAGCGCUAUGGCGGGAUCCAUUGGCGGAUUUAACGCUCAUGCAGCCAACAUUCUCACGGCAAUGUACCUUGCCACGGGUCAGGACCCGGCCCAAAACGUGGAAAGCAGCAAUUGUAUGACACUCAUGGAAGCUGUAAAUCAUGGCGAGGAUCUGCUUGUUUCGGUAAGCAUGCCAUCCGUGGAGGUUGGUACUGUGGGCGGUGGCACAGGACUCCCUCCCCAGCGUUCAAUGUUGGAGCUGCUGGGCAUCCAAGGCCCUCACAAGAAUACACCAGGCGCGAAUGCUCAGCGUUUGGCUCGCAUUAUUGCUGCUGCCGUCAUGGCAGGUGAACUAAGUCUUAUGGGCGCACUCUGUGCUGGCCAUCUUAUCAAGGCGCACAUGCAGCACAAUCGCAGCGCCCCUCCCACGCCUGGCCAUAUGUCUCCCAUGCCGAAAGAUGUGCAGUAUAAACCUACUAUGACGCCUCUUAUCGCCACUCCUAUCCCAAGCACAUACCAGCAACAGGGAUUGUCUCCUGUCUCAAACACACCGCAAGAGAAAGAAGCCCAUGAUACAUAA